ACCACUGUUAAAAUAGUGCUCAAUACAUCAAUUGUAGAGUUAUAUAGAUAUACCACUGUUAAAAUAGUGCUCAAUACAUCAAUUGUAGAGUUAUAUAGAUAUACCACUGUUAAAAUAGUGCUCAAUACAUCAAUUGUAGAAAAUGCCUCUGUUAUAAUAGUGCUCAAUACAUCAAUUAUAGAGCAAUAUAAAAAUACCACUGUUAUAAUAGUGCUCAAUACAUCAAUUGUAGAGCGAUAUAGAUAUAUCACUGUUAAAAUAGUGCUCAAUACAUCAAUUGUAGAGCAAUAUAGAAAUACCACUGUUAAAAUAGUGCUCAAUACAUUAAUUAUAGAGUGA